AGCGUUCCACGCGUCGCUACAUCACGCUCGAGCCUCGAUCACGCUACAUCACGCUACAUUGGAUACUGGCCGUAUCGCUAUCGCGGCACAUCGCGGGUGUCCGCUUGCGGGAGCCAUAUCAAUUCACAAGAAGAUCUUGAAAUCGUUGCUUGGUGCCCUUGGUGGAGCUGGGGAACUGUGGAGAACCUGGGAGAACCUGGGAGAACCCCGACUAACCCCAAGUACCCCAACUUCAAGGAAACGGACGGAGAGGGAAUACGGGAAUACGACGAUCGAGAUUACGGAAGGUGAUCCGGAGACCGCAAUCCCGUGGAAUCGGAAUGACUGUCACGAAUCGCUGCGUCGCGGCCUGCAUAUUACUGGCGAUACUCUCGUUGCUGGUAGAGACAGGACACAGCAUACAAUGUUACCAAUGUAACAGCACCAGCACCGAGUAUCCAUUUCAAUGUAAUGAAUUCCUGACGAGUGACAAUGAUCUUCAGCCUAGGUCAUGCGACAAGGUUUAUGGAGCGCAAUAUUGUGUCAAGCACAUAGGCCGUUUUGAGGGUGGUAUUGGUACAAAGCGAUUUUGCUCGUCCGUGCACAUGGGGAACUACUGCGACUAUGUGAAACAACCGGGUGACAAGCUGACUUACCGCACUUGUGUAUUCACAUGUUCCGAAGACGGAUGCAAUUCAGCGAUAUCCUUCAUGCCAGAUAUAAUGUAUACAUGGAUCAUGCCAGCGAGUUUAAUAGUAGCCUGGAAAAAGCUAUUUCACAGGUAGAAGUUUCUGUGAGAGGCUUGACGAUUAGUUAAGAAUCUGACAAAUUUAUUAUUUCAUUAUUGUCGAUGAAUCUUUAACGUCUUUUUCUAUUCCUUUUUAAAUCGUAAGUAUCAAUUUAUACUUAGAUGCUCAUGCAAGGUAUUAAAUUUUGAUCAAUUUCUCACUGCCAAUGACAUCUCACGGGAUGUGAUACUUAUGAGAUAUUUCUUACCGG